AUGGACUUUAAGUCCAUUUCCACCACCGCCACCGCCACCGCCGCUGCUACUAUCAAUACUCCUGAUACAGACACUGAGCUCCUCCCCACUUCAGACCCCAAAUCUAGCGCCUUCAGAUCCUUAUCCUACAACAACGGCCCACUACUCAAGCCCCACCACCACCACCACCCACUUCCUCCGCCGCAGAAGGCGGUUAGCUACAAAGAAUGUUUGAAGAACCACGCGGCCAGCCUCGGCGGCCACGCCCUCGACGGCUGCGGUGAGUUUUUCCCCAGCCCCAUUUCCAACCCCUCCGACCCCACCUCGCUAAAAUGCGCCGCCUGCGGCUGCCACCGCAACUUCCACCGCCGCGACGCGCCUGAUGAGCCACGCGCGCCCACGCGCCACCACCGCCUCCUUCUUCCUCCGCCGGCAGCUCAGCACAGCAUGAGCCCCAGCCCGAGCCGGAGCACGAGCCCAGGGCCGAGCACCACCUUGAGCCCGCACUCUCCCCCGCCGGUCUCGCACGUGCCGCCGUCCUUCUUCGGGACCCCGACCCAGAUGCUCCUCGCCCUCAGCUCCGCCGCGUACACCACCGCCGCGCCACCGUCGGAUGAGAAGCUUCGCAAUCCGACGGCUGGGAAUAUUGGGAGGAAGAGAUCGAGGACCAAGUUCAGCCAGGAGCAGAAGGACAAGAUGUUCUGUUUUGCUGAGAAACUAGGUUGGAGAAUGCAGAGGAGCGAAGACAAGGUCGUCGAGGAUUUCUGCGACGAGAUUGGGAUUGGUCGGAAUGUCUUUAAGGUUUGGAUGCACAACAACAAGCACCACAUGGUCAAGAGGAAGCAGAUGUUGUUGUCUUCGGCCGGGUUGAUCAAUGACGGCGGUGACGCCGGUGGAGGAGCUAGCUUUGAUUCCAAUGCGGAGGAGAACAACAACAACAACAACAAUGACAAUGUGAAUGUCAUUAUCAACUCCCCCAAUGAAAGUAGCAGAGAGGAUCAUCAUCACCACCAGAGGUUCUAUCUUUCCAACAAUGGGUCUUCUUCUUCGUCUUGA